CGGACUGAAAUCUUAUUUGGUUCACUGUUGCUAAAUAAGUGAGUUUGCGAUUUGAUGAAGUUCAACAUUCAUUUAAGAAGAUUUGAGCUAUGUUCUAGAAAGUUCUAAAAAUAUAGGUUUUGAAACGGAGGCGAGAAUUCCCAAAAGGACAAACCUUUUCAUGAAGAUAAUCUAAGACCAAAUAAAAUGGAACACAAGCUAUCAACUACAUGAUGUUUGUUUUCAAACAUAAGUUUUUUAUAUUAACAUGUGGAUUAAUUUUUAUUACUUUGACGAUUACUUUAGGUUAUCUACAUUUUAUUUCACUAACCCGUUUCACAAAAACCAAAUGAGAUUUAUAUUUAAGAAAAGAUGAGAUUUAGACCUCAAGUGAAACAUAAAACUUCUCAGUUAUCGGAUAGAAGAACCUGAGUACAAUGUUUAACACUACGUGUGAUGUCAGUCACUAUUUGUGUAGUGAUAAGGGUCUUCUACUUCCCUUUAUCAACGAGUACACAUGGAACCCGUAUGUUCGAGCGUUUCUUUAUGUACUCGCAAUGUUGUGGUGUUUCUUUGGUAUCGCAAUAGUAUCGGACGCUUUUAUGUGCGGUAUCGAACACAUCACUAGUAAAACGAGAACGAUAUCGAUACCUAAUCCGGAAGGAGAAGGCUUUAAACUGAUUGAAGUCAAGGUAUGGAACGAUACGGUGGCGAAUUUGACCCUCUUAGCUUUUGGUACCAGCGCCCCGGAGAUUCUACUCAACGUUAUCGAGACGUGCGGUCACUCCUUCCAGGCUGGGGAGCUGGGCCCAGGGACAAUCGUGGGGUCAGCGGCCUUUAACCUGUUUGUCAUCACAGCCUACUGUAUUGUAUGCAUCCCACACGGGGAAACUAGAAAAAUCAAACACUUUUUCGUGUUCAUUGUGACGAGCAUCUUUGGGAUUUUCGCCUACGUUUGGCUUUUACUGGUUCUCCUGGUCAUAUCACCCGAGGUUGUGGAUCUAUGGGAGGCCGUUCUCACAUUUGUCAUGUUUCCAUUGCUCAUUGUUAGUGCGUAUUUAGCAGAUAAAGGAAUCGUAUGCGUCAAGAACAGAACAUCAUCAGAAGUCGAGAUUGGCUUUGAUCUGGACAAGAGUGGCCCGCACAGUCGAGGGUCGGCGGAUAUUAUAGAGCUGGCGCGGAAACUGGCGAAAGACAGCAACGCUAACGAAGACGAUGUGGCUAGAGCUGUCGCCUCUGGUAUUGCCAGGAACCAGCCGAAACCAUCCUCCUGGUACAGGGUCAAUGCCACCAGAAUGAUCACCGGACGUCACAAACUGGAGUCGACAACAUCUAGUCUGACAGAGAAGUUCGUAGACCUAGGUACAAGCCCCCACACAGCACACAAAGACAGUGACGGAGUGCCCAACGGUGUCAACGGCGCCGUAUCAUCGAAUGACGUCAUACUCCAAUCAAAGAAAGCUGUCGUGGAGUUCACAGCGGCCACGUGCACCGUCCUUGAGAACGAAGGUCAAGUGAAAGUAGGGAUCAGGCGUGGUGGAGACUUGUCUAAGACCAUCAUGGUUGGCGUUGAAACAAUAGACGGCACAGCCGAAGCAGGUGGAGACUAUAUAGCCAUGAAGCAGCUGUUGACCUUUGAACCCGGAGAAACCCUCAAGUAUGUUUCAAUUGAGAUAGUGGACGACGACGUCUGGGAGCCGGACGAGUUUUUUUUCGUCAAGUUGUUCCAUCACCCCGAGGGCAGCAGCACAGAGGAGGUGGUCAUUGGCAAGCUGGCCAUCAACCAGGUCACCAUCGUGGACGAUGACGAGCCUGGUACCCUGGAGUUCAGCAAACCUAGCUACAUCGUCAAAGAGAGCGCCUCCGCUGCCAGACUAGUGGUCAACAGGGUCAACGGUGCCGAUGGGGAGGUCACGGUCAAAUGGGUGACGAAAGAUAUGACCGCCAGAAACAGGCACGAGUACGAGGGAGGGGAGGGCGUGGUCACGUUCAGUCAUGGAGAAACGAGCAAAAUUAUAGUAAUACAAAUUAAUGGUAUCAUGCAGAAAGAUCAAGAGCCUAACUUUCAAGUUGAGUUAAGUUCUGCUACGGGGGGCGCCUUGCUGGGAAAAAUCACCAAAACCGUCGUCACUAUAAUCAACGAUGAAGAGUUCCACAACAUGCUGACCCGUAUUGCCAGUAAGACCAAGAAAAACCUGGAUGGUCUCAAGCUGGACACGAGCACCUGGGCCGAGCAGUUCCGGUCUGCAAUGGUCAUCAACGGCGGGGAUGUACAGGAUGCCACCUGUCUAGACUACACCUUACAUUUUAUCACGUUUUUCUGGAAGGUGCUCGCUGCCUUCCUCCCCCCUCCCUCAAUGGGCGGCGGUUGGCCGACGUUUAUUUCAUCUCUGGUAACUGUCGGACUACUAACCGCCAUUGUUAGUGACCUGGCUUCCAUCUUUGGCUGUCUGGUUGGGUUGUCGGAUUAUAUCACAGCGAUAACUUUCGUGGCACUAGGUACAAGUAUGCCAGACUUGUUUGCUUCCAAAUGUGCUGCAAUCAACGAGAAGUGGGCCGAUUCGUCCAUUGGAAAUAUCAACGGCAGUAACAGCGUCAAUGUCUUUCUGGGGCUUGGCUUGCCUUGGCUCCUAGCCAGUAUCUAUUGGAAGAUUAAGGGAAAAGAGUUCGUCCACCCUACAGGGACCGUUGGAAUGAGCGUGACUGUCUUUACGGUGUGUGCCGUCUUCACCAUUGUGAUGUUGGUUGUUAGACGGUACAUGACUAUAUUUGGUAAAGCGGAACUGGGAGGUCCCAAGACGCCGAAAUAUCUGACCUGCCUGUUGGGCUUAGCUUUCUGGGUGAUCUAUGUGUUGGUGUCUUCGAUGCAAGCCCAGGGAGUUCUUCACGCGUUUUGAAAUGAAUGCAGAUGAGUGUUUUUGUUUGCCGUGGUUGGGCCUGGUACCUUGCACUUUGACAGCUGAGAUUGACACAAUUCAAGACGGCCAUGUUACUUCAAUUACUAAUUCACUUCUUGUUGGCUGUGAGCCUUUGAUAUAGAGUGACUCAAUUUUAGCAAGCGCCCAGAAUAUACGAAAUUAUAUAUAUAUAUAUAUAUAUAUAUAUAUAUAUAUAUAUGUAUAUAUAUAAUGCUCGCAUUAUAUAGAAUAUAAAUAAUUUGUACAAUAUUUACUCUAACUAGUUAAACUGCUGUUGUCAAAUUUGUUUUGUGAACCGUUAAUUGUCCUAUUCAAUAUUGUUUAUAUAGUAUCCAUCACAUGGAAAAUUGUUAAUUAACUGGAAAUAGCACAAAGUUUCACACUUGAAUGCUUGCAUGAGUUCAUUGUACAUUGGUUUGUGUUACACUUCAAUGAUAUUGUCCAAAAAAUAAGUUCGUUGAAAAUUAUUUGGCUAAUCUAUUUUUACUUCUGUACAAAGGUGUCAACACACUGGCACAUAAAGUAUCAAUCGUAUAA